AUGGAAGUCCCAUCUGAUCCGAAGAUCGAUAACUUCGACAUUCUCCAAACUAUCUAUAAAACGGUCAUAGACCAUGGAAUUCGCUGCGAUAUUCUCGUACCAAAAGCACGACACGAAGGGAAAAGACCAGUCAUAGUCAAUUUCCACGGCGGCGGUCUAGUAGUCGGAGACUCACUUCUUAUGUUCAUUUGGCCUGUCUGGUUAUCUGAGCUAGCCCUGAAACACGGAGCGAUAAUAAUAAGCCCGAACUAUCGGCUUAUGCCCGAGGCGACAAGCACGGAAAUUUACGAAGAUGUCGACGACUUCUGGGCCUGGAUCCAUACCCCAGAGCUAGCAGAUCUUUUGCGGAAACACACCACUCCCGCAGAGCUAGAUCUUGACCGUAUCAUGGCCAUUGGGGGAUCGGCGGGUGGCACGCUUAGCCUGUAUCUAGCCCUAGCGCAUCCAACAGAGAUACGCAGCGUGACUGCGGCGUACCCAUGUACCGACUUUAUGACUUCAGCCUAUACAAAGCCUCGUGGAGGACCUGUCUGGGGCCAGAAUGUUCCCGAGUCAGCUUAUCACGAAAUAAUGAAUACGGCCGACAUAGGGGCUCCUGUCUCGACGAUCGUUUCACCAGAAAGGUCGGCAUUUAUGAUCGCUUGUUUUCAGCAUGGACAUCUCGGGGCACUUUAUGCACGUGGCGCGGAGAAUACACCGCGUGAAAAGCUCCUUCCGAUAGCGCGCCUCGAGCAGUCAGGGGGUAUGGUCCCUCGUGGUGGGGUUGUGAUUAUACAGGGCCGUCAAGAUAGUGUGAUUACGAUCGCUGAGACAGAGAAGUUUAUUAAGCGUGCGCUUGAGUUGACGUCUCCUGGCGAUAUUGUGUACGUCACGCGGGAGGGAGAGCAUGGGUUUGAUCUAAAUUCUCGAUUGAACGAUCAUUGGUUGCAAGAGGCGUUGGGUAAGGCGAUUGAAACUUGGUUGGAGUGA